AUGUCUCGCUUGCCUUCUAGCAACACCAAAAACCUUUCUCGUCCUCAUGUCUCGUCCAGCUCGCAAAACGACGCUCCCAAGACCAUGCCCCCGGUAAGGCCACUUCAAAUAAACCGUGACCGCGCUUCGUCGACUGGAGCACGUCCGAGCACGCCGGGUACUACUUCUACGGUGUCUUCCUCUCCUACAGGAGCCAAAGGCCCAACACGACCCGUGAGGUCUGGUCUGAGGGAACGACGAGUCUCUGGGCACUCUGCUUCCGACCACGCAUCAAUCGACUCGCGUAUCACCCGUGACUCUAGAGCUUCGGGAGAGGGCACGGACACAGCGCGCCCCGAUGUAUCCGCACCCCUCAGGCUACGUAACAAUGCUUCGACAUUGUCUGUCAUGUCUAAUGACCGGUCGCGGCCAGCUCCUUCACCAAUCUCUCCUCUCUCUCCAGGGUCAGAUCUCUCUCCAACAUCUUUGGCAGCUGUAGCAGCCUUUCAAUCAUUUGGGAGAAAAAGAGGUUUCGCAAAUGACAGUCCGAUAGACGCUGAGUAUGAGCGUGAGCGGGAGAGGGAACUGGAGGUUCAGAAGGCUCGACAACAAAGACUACGAGACAGAGUCCCUGGAAGGAGAGCAACCGGGAAGGCAAAGGCAGGGGAUAUCGACGCCGUUUUGGAUGAGAUCAAAGGCGAAUGGGAGAUCGUAACUGAGGAUGAUGUGAGUCUCUACUUCAACAAACUGCGAACAGAGAGUGUAAUCCCCACUACAUUUCAGUUCAAUCCUGUCGAGCUUGCUUUGCAACUUUUGGACGACUCGUCCCUGGGGAAGGACAUGGAUUCUUUCCGGCGCACGAAGGAUAUGCUUUCCAAAGCGCUGAAAGGAUCGGUUGACAAAUACUACCAGGCCUUUGCCGGCGCACUUCCUCAUCACGGUUCGCUCUUGAAUCACGUUGGCGUUACGCAAGAUCAAGUCAGAGAGGCUCGAACGUCUCUUCAGGAGGCCAAAGAUACUCUAGGGAGUAAACGGGCGGACCUCGUCCAAUUGUGGUCAAGAAGCCAGACGGUAGACGAAAUGAUGCGGAUUCUGGAUCAAAUAGAGCGCCUUAGAACUGUGCCAGACGUCCUUGAGAGUCUGAUAUCGGAAAAGCGUCUUCUUCAGGCUGCUGUUUUGUUAGUACGCAGCUUGAAACUCAUCAAUAAGCAGGAUAUGCUGGACAUUGGUGCUGUCUCCGACCUGCGAAGUUAUCUGGUUACUCAAGAAGUGUCACUGAGAGAGAUAUUAGUUGAUGAGCUUCAAAGUCAUCUGUAUCUUAGAUCAUUUUGGUGUGAAUCUCGCUGGGCAGUGUAUACACCUGGUCAACAAGCAUUUCCAGUCCUUGAAGAAGAGGAGCUACUUUCUCCAAGAUUAAAGCCAUCAUUUCCCCUUAUUUCAAGUCCUAAUGGACCAGGAUCUAAGCCAACGCGGCUGGCCAGAUUCCUCGACGAACUUGCUUUGCGCCCCAAUGAUCCGCCCUUUGAUAUCACUGAGCAACAUGGCCCCGAUUCUUCUAGUGUAGGACUAGCAGCAUCAGGCAGCACUCCCGCCAUAGGGCUAUCAACUGGACAAUCAUCGAACUCCCUCAAUGGUGCCCUACCCGGUAUCACAACCUCUUUCUUUCCGAACACACUUCAACCUCCUGCGCGGAAUCCUGAGGCAGAUUCGUUCUCCUACAUUGAAACAGUUCUUGAAUCGUUGGCUGUACUUGGCAAACUUGGGACUGCACUAGAUGUUGUGUCUCAGAAACUUCCGGGUGAAAUCUCUACUUUGGUGGAAGCUACUUUAGAUGAAGUUGAAGAGCGAGCUGAAUUUGGUCGAAGAGGCUCCGCAUUGGCUUCAAUGUCGGGUACGGGAAGUGGAAGGCUGGAAGACGUUAUGUUGACCACCAGCGCGAUGCCCUCCGGUGGAAUGGGAUUCGGCACUGGCAUACCUGGAGUCACAAUCGUACCAGGCGCGCCGCGGUCUGCUAUUGGCAUCACCGGCCGAGUUCCUUCAUUAAAAGCUGCUAGUAUCCGCUUAACUGCUCUCGAAUCGUCUACAAAACAGGGCGAUCAAGAGACCUUGCGAGACUUUUUCUGGACGCUAUAUUCCAAACUUGAUGCAGUCACACAGGCCCUGCGGGUCGUUUACGAAGUAUCAAAUCGGAUUGGAUCGGUGAGCUACACAUCGCCAAUUUCCAUAGAGGAUUUUCAUCUAAAGGCGGGCACGUGGUUUAUCCAGAGGCGGGAUUUUCGAGAUUCAUCAGGAGCAAAGCCCGGGUCUCUCUUUCCUCUCGCAGAAGUAUGGAUGCCAGUGCAAGCAGAGGUCCGAACGUUGAUCAGCGACUAUGUGACUGACGAGGAGCAGGGAACGGUAUCUGGUCGUAAUCCUAUCUCGUCUAUCAACGAAGUUCUGAGAGAAGGCAAGUUCAAUCGGGACAAGACCAAAUCGGUCUUCCGCUUUGCGGACACAGACAUUAAGUCUACUAUGAAAGUCUUGAAGCAGCAUGAGGAUGAUUUGACUCGUGUAUUGAAGGACUCUGUGCCGGGUUUGGUGCAGGGCUCGGCUGAUAGCGCUGUUCAGGCCACACUAUCCGCAGUUGGGACAGACGAUCGACUGGCCGGUACCGGUCAACACCACAGAGUCCUAGUCCACCCAGAUGCUUUCCAUGUUAGUAUUCUCUUUCAGCCUACCCUUGCGUGGUUGGAUCGUAUUUCAGGCGUACUCCCAUCCGGCCUUGAGGCUGCUCGGGCGUCGAGUGUCGUGUUAGAUGAAUUCGUGCUUAACGUCUACUUGCCCCAACUCGAAGACAAAGUCUCCUUACUGUUUCAUCAAACCGUGACCGGGCCUGAUGCCUUCGAACCCGAUCUUGCAUCGCUCGCUUUGUCACAUGAGCCUCUUGUCAAGGCCAGCGUGCAGGUCAUGGCGCUCAUAAACUCACUGUGUGCCAUGCUUCGAACGACUCCCUUCCAUCGUGAGAACUAUUCCCGUCUUAUCCUCACUGUCAUCGGACAAUUCUAUCAGCGGUGCAGUGAUAGAUUCUAUGACUUGGUUUCCAUCAAGGAUGGUACUUCCCAAGCGGGAUCCCGGGUUGCUCUAGCUGCACAGUGGGCGCAGAAAUCGGAGCUUGCCACUUGUCUUUCAGGGUUAUUCGGCGUUGUCAAUGAUAGCAAUACUGUCUCAAAGAGGAUCCAGCUGUGCCAACAGGAGGCACACCUUGAACAGAAUUUUCUCGCGGAGCGUUCAAUUGACAAACAGGACUUGAUACUCUCAAUCAGGAACCUAUCCGCUUUAGCUGGUCUUUAUACUAGUAUCACGUGGUUUGCGAGGGAGUUGGAUGUACUGAAAUCAGCGCCCGAUGUGGCCCUGUCUCCCACAACUCCGAUGAGUUCAAGCAAACGAACCAUUGAGUCUCCCUCUUUCUGCCGCGAUGGCGAUGCCCUCCAUAUGACGUUUGUUCAGCUGGCUGAACUAAUCAUUUAUACCCUGCGCAUUGAUGUUCGGUGCCGUGCCAUCCAUCAUUUGGACCUUGCCUUGAAACAUGGUGUUUACAAGACGGAGCGUGAAGUCAGCGAGCCAGACCCAAAUAUUAUCGAUCUGAAUAUUGAGCUGGGUCGCUGUGAUGAGUGGGCCUCGUCUGCCCUUCCUGGGAAAGAGCGACGGUAUAUGUUCGAAGGUCUAGGUCUUCUACUGGAACGACUUCUGAUCUCAAAUGCACGACACAUACGCACAAUGAAUGCGUUUGGAAUCAAGAAGAUGACGAGGAAUAUGCUCGCAUUGCAGCAGAAUAUUAAGACGAUAACGCAAGAUAACCAAGACGCAGAUUUUGAGCGGGCAAAGCGAUACUAUUCUCUGUUUGCGAUAUCACCCCAACAAAUGCUUGACGACAUCCGUCAAAAACAAGAAUUCAGCUUCGAUGAGUACAAAACCAUGCUAGACCUGCAAUGCGGGGUUGACCCUGGUCACAGCGAAGGCGGAGCAGCGCAAGCUACGGAUCGCAACUACAGCAUGUAUGUGAUCGAUCUGCACGGGCUGGAGAUGGAGAAUUCUACAGAAGAGGUCACGUAA